CACGUGUGUUGUGUUGUAACUUCUUCACUCACUUCAACGUUAGUUCAACUUCAACCAAACCCAUUACUCUCUCUCUCUCUCUCUCUAAAAACCAUGGCUUUGUGCUACUGUUACAAACCCACAUUAUUCAUCAUUGUUUUCACAUUCUUCAUUUCUCAAUCUUUUGCAGUCAAAAUCUCACAACCACAUCAUUCUCUUCCAUUCAUUUGGCCUCUUCCUGCAAAAUUCACAUUCGGCAAUGAUUCUCUUUCCAUUGAUCCAUCACUUUCCCUCACCGGCAAUGGUGCUUCUUCAUCAAUUGUUCGAGCUGCUUUUGAUAGAUAUAGAGGGAUAGUGUUCAAGAACAGUUACAGCUUUGGUUUUCUUAGAACAGGAAAAGUUGCUUAUGAUGUUACAAAAUUGAAUAUUGUUGUUCAUUCCAAAAAUGAAGAGCUUCAACUUGGAGUGGAUGAAAGCUAUAAUUUGUUUAUUUCAAAAGCUACAGGUUCUGGGAAAGUCACAAUUGAGGCAAAUACUGUUUUUGGUGCGUUGCGGGGAUUAGAGACGUUCAGCCAAUUGUGUUCUUUUGAUUAUUCAACUAAAACAGUACAAAUAUACAAGGCACCAUGGUCCAUCCGAGAUAAACCGAGAUUUCCAUUUCGUGGACUUAUGUUGGAUACAUCUAGGCACUAUUUACCAGUUGAUGUAAUUAAGCAGAUAAUUGAAUCUAUGUCCUACACCAAACUUAAUGUUUUACAUUGGCACAUGGUAGACACACAGUCAUUUCCACUUGAAGUACCUACAUAUCCAAAUUUGUGGAAAGGUUCAUAUACAAAGUGGGAACGUUACACAAUAGAGGAUGCAUAUGAAAUUGUCAACUUUUCCAAAAUGAGAGGCAUAAAUGUGAUGGCAGAAGUGGAUGUCCCUGGUCAUGCAGAAUCAUGGGGUGUUGGAUAUCCUGAUCUUUGGCCAUCACCCACGUGUAAAAGCCCGCUAGAUGUUUCAAAGAAGUUUACCUUUGAUGUCCUUUCUGGCAUUAUGACAGAUAUUAGAAAAAUAUUCCCCUUUGAACUAUUUCACUUGGGUGGUGAUGAAGUGAAUACAGAUUGCUGGACCAAUACUACUCAGGUGAACAAAUGGCUUCAGAAUCACAAGAUGGCUGCUAAUGAUGCUUACCAAUACUUUGUACUGAAGGCCCAAAACAUGGCUAUUUCGAAAAACUGGAGUCCUGUGAACUGGGAAGAAACCUUCAAUACGUUUCCAACAAAACUCCAUCCGCGGACCGUUGUGCAUAACUGGUUGGGCCCCGGUGUUUGCCCGAAGGUUGUUGCAAAAGGCUUGAGGUGUAUUUUCAGUAACCAAGGUGUAUGGUAUCUUGACCAUGUGGAUGUACCUUGGGAUGUUGUCUAUAAUGCUGAGCCACUAGAAGGAAUACAUGAAGCUUCUGAACAAAAACUUGUGCUUGGAGGAGAAGUUUGCAUGUGGGCUGAGAGAGCUGAUACAUCAGAUGUUCAGCAAACAAUAUGGCCUCGCGCUGCAGCAGCAGCAGAACGUUUGUGGAGUGAGAGACAAUAUACUUCAGGUAGGAAUAGUAACUCAACUGCAUUAUCACGGUUGCAAUACUUCAGAUGUCUGUUGAAUAGAAGAGGGGUUCCAGCUGCUCCUGUCACAAAUUUUUAUGCUAGAACUGCUCCUGAUGGUCCAGGUUCAUGCUUUGAGCAAUGACUUUAGAAUGCUUCUGCUGUCUAAUAAUUCUAGACAGUUGUUGAAAAUAUCUCUACUAAGCAUGGCCGUCUAAUGUUAGUGCUCUGGUGAAUGGACUGUAAUCAUGUUAUAAUAUAAGUUAUUGUAUUCAAUAAUAAGAUUUCUUCAUUUGUCUCUAACUAAUUGCAAAUUUAAUGGACUUUGUGAUGCUUAA